AUGUCCAUUGUAGCCUUACUAGGGAAUGGAUUUAUCAUCGUUGUGAAUGGCUACAGUUGGCUCCAGAGUCGGAAACUGAUCCCUUGUGGCCUUCUCCUGACCUGUCUGAGCCUCUCCAGGUUUCUAAUGCAGGGGCUUCUCAUGACGAACCGAUAUCUCUAUCUCAGCUCUCCAGGGACUUAUGAGUUUAGCUGUACGGAGCAGAUCAUAAACAUGGCCUGGAACUACUGCAACAUGGCCAGCUUCUCGAGCGACACCACUCUCAACGUCUUCUACUGCCUGAAGAUCACCACCUUUGCUCACCCCCCGUUCCCCUGGUUGAAGUCGAGAAUUGACAAGCUCGUGCCACAACUGCUUGCGAUACCCUGCAUUGCUUACGUGCUUCUCUCUCUCCCUUCGUACAUAGCUUAUGUGAAGGCAGGACAAUGCAACGUUCUGACAGCAAACGGGACAGAGUGGAGAAACCCAAAAACCAAUGAAGUGUUUAAGUUCUUGGCUCCUGCUCAGUUCACUCUCCCUGCCCUCUGUUUCGCCGUAUGCUUAGCCGCGUCCAUUCUUUUGUUCGUCUCUCUGUGGAGGCAUACGAGGAACCUGAAAAGGAAUGGCCUGGACAUGAAGGAUCUCAGUACUCAGGCCCAUCUGAAUGUCAUGAGGUCUCUGUUGUGCUUCCUUGUCUUCUUUGUUGUCUAUUUCGUUGUAUUGAAUGUUACGUUUGCACAUGAUUUUCGGUUCGACAGCAGUGGAGAACUGAUCACCAUCAUUCUGAUUUCUUCCUAUCCUUCUGCUCAUUCAAUCAUCUUAAUAGUGACCAAUCCCAAACUGAAAGAAAUGUGUGUCCGAAUUCUGAACAUUGUUAAAAGGUUCUCAUGUUCUUCAAGCAGCGGCAGUGCCGAAUAA